AUGUUGAGUGUAGCAGACAACCUUCUACGUCUAUUAAAUGCAAUGUUCCUAGUCAUUUGCAUAGGUCUAAAUAGUGCCCUAUUAAAUACACAACAAGGUCAUAAUUCAAGAAUAAAUUAUUGUAUGUUCACAUGUGUAUAUUGUUUAUUAACAGAUUCAUUCUUCGGUAUAUUAGCCAAUUUCUUUGAAUUUUUAUCCUUCCCAUUCAUUCUAUUCACUUUAGAUUUCCUAAAUUUCUCAUUCACUUUUGUCGCCGGUACAGUAUUGGCAACUGGUAUAAGAUCUCAUUCAUGUAAUAAUCAAUCCUACUUGGAUAGAAAUAAAAUCACUCAAGGUUCAGGAAACAGAUGCCGUGAAUCUCAAGCUCUAGUGGCAUUCUUUUAUUUCUCAAUGUUUAUCUUCUUAAUCAAAUUAGCCAUGUCUACAAUUAGUAUGAUCCAAAAUGGUGCUUUCUCAAACACUUUUACAUCAAGAAGAAGAAGAAGAAAUGGUGCCGCAGAAGUUGGUGUCCCAUCAAUCUCUCAAGUCUAA